AGUAAAUACGACUUGUUGAAAAUAAAUCUUUCACUAAAAUAGUUAUUGAUUUUUAGAAAUACAUUACUGAAAAUAUAAUAUACGAAGCAAAAUGUUUUGCUGUUUUAAAUAUUGUGUUGACGGCUUCUCGCUAACGCCCAGUGUUCCUAUACGAAUAAAACGAAAUCCGGUGCAACUUGAUACUUUGCAUAUGGGCCAAGAAGUAGUGGUGGUAAAGGGCGGAACUCGUGUUUGUGGUUCGGGUUGUGCCCUGGGCAACGCACCGCUAGUCCAAAACAAAGCCUAUUUUGAAGUUAAACUGCAGCAGGGUGGAGUUUGGGCUGUUGGUCUUGCUACUAGAGAAACAGACUUAAAUAGAGUGCAUGGUGGUGUUGAUAAGGACUCAUGGUGCUUAAACAGCGACGGUACAGUCAGAAAUGACAACAAUGAACUUUAUCAUCUUAAACCGGCACCAAGAGAUUCUCCAACAGAAAUUCUCGUAUCCACUGGUUCCACAGACGACAUAGAUCAGACAGAGAAUGAAAAACCGGAGAGCGAGAAGGAAAAUGACAGAGCUAUAAUGCCAGGAGAGGGAGAUGUAAUAGGAGUUGUGUAUGAUCAUGUGGAGUUGAAUUUCUUCUUGAAUGGAAAAAAUUUGGAGAUUCCAGUGAGAAAUAUCAGAGGAACUGUAUACCCUGCCCUCUAUGUGGAUGAUGGUGCUAUCUUGGACAUAAUUCUAGACAACUUCAGAUACCCACCACCCUCGGGCUACGAGAAGAUCAUGGUGGAACAGUCACUGCUUUAACAAUUGACGACUAAAGACUUGUGUGUGCAUGAACAUUCUAAUGCGGUGAGGUGCUGUGCUUAAUUUAUUUUAAUAUUUUUAACAAUUUUCGAAAUUAGGAGGUUCUACUCUGUAUUUUUUUACUUUAGAUUCCUAAUC